GUACUGUAUAUAUUUUAAUAUACAACGAAUGGCACAUAGUUAGAGACUUCAGAAGAUCUCCACAGUUACCCUAUGAUUGUGUUUUAAGUCAGCAAUGAUGCAAAUCGAUAACGCAAGGAGAUUGAAUUUGUAAACUGAUUUAAGUAACUUAAAUAAUUAUCAGAGUUCACCACCGUUGUCGAAACACACGCUUUCCCUCACAGAGCAUCCUCAGCAUCUUUGGUACUGCUCAGCAUCCCGGAAGUUCUGCAUCAUUUGCUCUUUCAGGAAGAGACGCAACAUCGUCAGAGCUUUGACAACAACGGGGACAGUGGCAAAAACAUCGGCCUGUCCGGCAGAAAUUGCCUCUUUUUCGCAAAUGGAAUUCAUAUGAAAAGGACAAAUGAAGUGACCAACAGGAUACAAUGUCAUCAUUCCAGGUGGUGGACACGUCACCGGGCAGCAGCGUCAGCAUCAUGGAAACAUCCAACUUUGCCCACGUCAUCUUCCAGAAUGUGGGGAAGAGUUUCCUGCCCCAGGCACCCCUGGAGUGUCGCUACACCCUGACCCCUUACAUUGUUCCCCACCCCAAAGACUGGGUGGGCAUCUUCAAGGUGGGUUGGAGCACUGCCAGAGAUUACUACACCUUUCUUUGGUCUCCUAUGCCUGAAAACUAUGAACCAGGUAGCACUGUGCACAGGACUGUGGUGUUUCAAGGUUAUUAUGUUCCUAGAUCUGAUGGAGAAUUCUACCAGUUUUGUUAUGUCACACAUGCUGGUGACAUUAGAGGAGCCAGCACACCCUUCCAGUUCAGGUCAGCCACACCCACUGAAGAGCUGCUGACUGUUACCGAGGAUGACAGCAACUCAGACAUAUUGGUUGUCACCACCAAGACUGGCCUGUUAGAGCAUGUGGAGGAGGCGCAGCAUGAGCGCAGGGAGCUGCUGAAGGCCAUGCGUCUCCUCCAGGAGGAGAAGCAGCAGCUGCAGGAGGAGCAGAAACGACUGGCCAGAGAGAGGGAGCAGGAGAGGGAGACGUGCUGCCUGCUGCGCACACACAACCAGGAGCUGCUGCGCUCAUCGCAGGGCCUGUCAGAGGAGAGGGAGGAGGUGAGGAGGAGGCUGACAGAGGCCACGGACCGCGUCCGCCAGCUGGAGGAGGACCUGCUGGGAGUCACCCAGAGAGGCCUGCAAAAGGAGACGGAGAUUGAUUGUCUGCGUGACCGUCUGAAGAAGCUGACAGCAGAGAGAGACAGCCUGGAGAGCCAGCUGAAGAAUGAGAAGGAUGAGAGAGACCUCUACAAGGCCCACCUGCGCAGCACAGAGCUGGAGAACACUAAGCUGAGUGCAGAGCUGCAGAUGCUGAAGGCGGUGGAGCUGAACCGGGAGGUGACUAUUGCCCAGUUUCAGGAGGAGCUGGAGAGGCUCAGGGCCUGUGUUGCCCAGCGGGACAGCCUGGAGAAAGAGCUGCUGGCACACAAAGCUGACAAGGCAGAGCUGGCCCGUGUGCGUGAGCACCUCCGUCAGGCAGAGGAGCAGCUCCAGGCAUCCCGACAGCAGGCCUCCCUGCUGGCCUCGGAGCUCCGCGACUCAGCCAGCUCCCGUGACCACACGAUGGCCGAGCUGUACCGUGCCCGUUUGGAAGCCGACAAGCUCCGUGCCAGUCUAGCUGAUGCACAGGCUGAGUGCCAACGCAUGGAGAGCCAACUAGACCGUGUAAGGAGCGCUGCACAGAAGGAAGUGGGUGUUGGGACCAGCGGGGAGAUGACACCUAGCAUGCUGGUGGUCUCAGAGGCAGAGGCUGAGCUGCAGAGAGAGGUGGAGGAGCUGAAGCUGCGUCUUCACAUGGCGGCUGAGCACUACAAGGAGAAGUAUCGGGAGUGUCAACGCCUCCGCAGGCAGGUGGCCAAAUUAAACACAACUGAAUCACAGGGGGAGCCAAAGAGAAAUGCAUCCACUGAGACAACACAGGAACCACUGACCCCUAGUCCUGAGUCACCAACAGCAGGAAAUAUAGCUUCUGUAGCACUUCAAGAAGCUGCGGAGGUGACAAUCACUCCAGAACUUAAUAACAGGGAACCCACACUUGCCAAUGCAUACACAAGCACAGAGAAGGAGGAGAGGCAGAGAGAGAAAAUGCCAAAGCAGAGGGCCGAGGCGGAGGCUGGGGGGGAAGCAAACCAAGCAGAGAAUGGACAGAAAGUAGACGGAGAGACAGAGGAGAAGAAGGAUGACAGCCUGCCGGAGGAGAGCCUGAGGAUGACAAGCUGGGUGGAGGUGGAGAGCGAGAGGUCAAGUGGCCAAGAGAGCAGCGGCGUGGAAUUGUCAGGGAAGGAGGGAGUCAAGGAAAUGAAGGAUGUUGUGGAGGAGCAAGUGCUGCUGGUGGCAGAGGGGAGGAGCAUGGGGGAGACGGAGAAGGAACAGACUCGCUCUGUGGAGGAGGAGCUGGCAAUGAUGGAGGAAAAGUGGAGGGAGCAGUGUGCGAUCAAUGAGACCCUCAAGCAGCGGCUGGCCGACGAGGAGGAACGAUUCAGAGUGCAAAUGGCAGAACGAGCCACUGAGGUGAUGGAGCUGAAACGCAACCUCGCUCAGGCCCUUAAAGACAAGGAGCAGCUGCAGGAGGAGCUGCAGCGCUUCGUGUCCAGGCAGAGAGAGCAGGAAGCUGGCGUCCAGGGCGCUGAGAUGAGGCAGCCGAUGGUGCUCCGCUACCCCAUGCCAUACCCUCAGGACCCCUCUCCUCCGCCUCUCGUGCCACAGAGGCCUGCUGAGCUGCAGUACGGCAAUCCGUACUCCACUGACACCACAAGAGACCGGGUGGAUGUUGCGUUGUCUCCUGAGCACAUGUCCCGUCCUCCGCCUGAGGCCCCACCUUGUGCCCCUCCCUGUGCACCCCCAAUCACGCCUCCGAGUCCAGGCCCUGGGGCACCUGGCUGGGACCAAGAGGUGGUCUGCAUCCAGCCCUCCCGAACCACAACUCCUCCAGAGAGCGUGGAGCAUCCACCGCAGGAGCCACGAAAUGCUGCCGAUGGGGCUCAGCUAUCCUGUGAUCAUCAGUCCAGUAGACGUAGUGAAACCAGGAGCAGCUUCUGCUUUGACUCCAGGAGCGACGUUAACAAGCGCUGCCCGUUAUGCGAGGUGAUCUUCCCUCCCCACUUUGAGCAGCGCAGCUUCGAGCAGCAUGUGGAAAGCCACUGGAAGGUCUGCCCCGUCUGCUCCGAGCAGUUCCCCCUUAACUGUCAGCAGCAGCUCUUCGAGAGGCACGUCCUCACGCACUUUGAUGGCCACGUGCUCAACUUUGAGCAGAUUGAAUGAAGGAUGUAGAGGGUAAACCUAGAAUUCUGACCUGCUGUAUGAGUGAAUGGGUUGUCAGCUGUUAGUUCAUUUUGAUUUAGUUCAGCUAUGUUGUCUUGUUAAUAUAUAAUCAUUAGCACUUUUUGCAAUCUUAGAAAGAAUGUAGUCCACUUUUAAAAGAAGUUUGUCAUUUGGUGGCUACUCCACCAAGGUGUUUAUUAAUUAGGGUAGCUUUCACCUCAACACACCAUAGGUGAAAAGAUCAUCGACACUCCCGAUUACUUUUUUGUAUCGUUUUUAUGCUCAUCCUAAAGCACCACUGGUAACGCAUGCAUUUAUUCCGCAUUCAAAUCAGUUCAAAAUGACAGCAGGUUGAGCUAAAUGUAUUGAAGUGAAUUGUAGCAGCAGCUUGAACCAGGGCUUUGAUGGAAACAUUUCUGUACUUUAAUUACCUUGAAGAUUUCUUUACAAAUAGGAUUCUGUUGUGAUAAAGCAGCAAACACAGCUUCAUCUUUUCUUCUGUCCACGAUUCAAAGAUCACAGAAAGGCAAACAAGAAAAGACUUUUUUUUUCCUCAGUGUAAAUGCAAAGCGAGCUCUGAAUAUGUGAUGUCUUAAAAGACUCAUCUGUAUAUAUAUAUCACUGAGGAAUGGUGUGGUGGAGAUUUUAUGGACUUGAGUGGAAAGUGAUUUCAUCCAUACUACAGUACUACUGUACGUAUGAUAGCGUUUUGCAAAGACGUCAGAUGGUUUAAAGAAAAACAGCACUACGUUUUCAUGUAUCUGCACUAAAUAAGGCUUUAUUCUGAAUGUACUGUACAUAUGAAAAUGAUAUAAGUCGUGGAGAGAUCUGUGGAGUAACUGUCGUGACCCCUCCCCUUCUCCCCCUCAUGUUUGCUUCCCUCAUGCUUUGGUGAUGACAAAAUGGCGGACCAAUGACAUUUUACUGUCGUAAGAAGCUGGACAAAGAGACUGCAGGACACUAAGUUACAGACACUUUUGUUGUGUACUUCCACAUUUUAAAAUUAGAAUUGUGAAGAAAAAGUCAUUGCUUUGUGUGCAGGUCCGCAUGACGAGUGAGUGUCAUUUAUAUGUGUGUCCACAGGGCUCCAUGUCAUCGCUUGUCUAUUUUCUGUCAUUACAAAGUGACCCCUGACAGUGUUGUAUUCAGGCUUUAAAAAAAAAUUGCACAUGCCCAGUAAUCACAAGGCAAAUGUGUGUGUGUCACGUGUCCAACGCAGCCCUUUUCAUGUGAGAAUGUCAGGAUGACGUUUCAAGUGUACUGAAAAGAUCUUUAUGAAUAAAGUGGGCUUGUUGUAA